AUGUUUAGAGUCAUGGAAAGUCCACAUCACAGAGCGGCUCAGAGAGAGCAGCGGCAGACAGCUCCUCUUCAUCAAGGUCUCCAGCUCCUCUUCAUCAAGGUCUCCAGCUCCUCUUCAUCAAGGUCUCCAGCUCCUCUUCAUCAAGGCCUACAGCUCCUCUUCAUCGAGGUCUCCAGCUCCUCUUCAUCAAGGCCUACAGCUCCUCUUCAUCGAGGUCUCCAGCUCCUCUUCAUCAAGGUCUCCAGCUCCUCUUCAUCAAGGUCUCCAGCUCCUCUUCAUCGAGGUCUCCAGCUCCUCUUCAUCGAGGUCUCCAGCUCCUCUUCAUCGAGGUCUCCAGCUCCUCUUCAUCAAGGCCUACAGCUCCUCUUCAUCGAGGUCUCCAGCUCCUCUUCAUCAAGGUCUCCAGCUCCUCUUCAUCGAGGUCUCCAGCUCCUCUUCAUCAAGGUCUCCAGCUCCUCUUCAUCAAGGUCUCCAGCUCCUCUUCAUCAAGGCCUACAGCUCCUCUUCAUCGAGGUCUCCAGCUCCUCUUCAUCGAGGUCUCCAGCUCCUCUUCAUCGAGGUCUCCAGCUCCUCUUCAUCGAGGUCUCCAGCUCCUCUUCAUCGAGGUCUCCAGCUCCUCUUCAUCAAGGCCUACAGCUCCUCUUCAUCGAGGUCUCCAGCUCCUCUUCAUCGAGGUCUCCAGCUCCUCUUCAUCGAGGUCUCCAGCUCCUCUUCAUCAAGGCCUACAGCUCCUCUUCAUCGAGGUCUCCAGCUCCUCUUCAUCAAGGUCUCCAGCUCCUCUUCAUCAAGGUCUCCAGCUCCUCUUCAUCAAGGCCUACAGCUCCUCUUCAUCAAGGCCUACAGCUCCUCUUCAUCAAGGUCUCCAGCUCCUCUUCAUCAAGGCCUACAGCUCCUCUUCAUCGAGGUCUCCAGCUCCUCUUCAUCGAGGUCUCCUCCAUGGCGGCCCCGUCCGGCUCCUCCCAGACCACCAGGAACGUGGUCCUGGCCCUGCUGGUCUUGUGGUCCCUGGUCUCGCUGGUGGUCAUCGUGGUCUGGGGGACCUCCCCCGACCUGAAGAGCUCCGCCCUGUGCCGGGCGGAGCUGCAGGAGGUGUCGGAGAAGAGGGAGGGGGCCAAGGUGGUGUGGAGCAGGAACAAGGAGGCCCUGGAGGAGCAGCUGGAGGAGGCGCGGGAGGAGCAGCGGCGCCACGGCGCCCAGAGCCUCCUGGUGCUGCGCCUCCUCAACUCCACCAGGACCUCGCUGGGGGGCUGCCGGCAGGAGACCGUUUUCCUUCACCAGAACAUCAGCCUCCUGCAGGAGAGAGAGGAGCAGCUCCAGAGGUCAGAGGUCAACCUCACGGCCCAGCUCCGCCUCCAGGAAGACCUCAUGGAGGCCCUGCAGCAGAACCUGACCCAGGAGGGCCUCCAGACCCAGACCUGCUCCAGCCUCAGAGCCGCGGCCCUCAGCCAGCUGCUGGCGGCCCAGAGCCAGACCCGGGCCUGUGAGUCCAGGCAGCGGUACCUGCACAAGCAGCUUCUGAAGUGUAAGGACGUGAACUCUCCCGAGACGCAGCAGCAGGAGGACACGCCCCCCUCCUCCUCCUCCCCCUCCCCCUCCCUCUCUGGACUUCCGGUCCUGGUGCUGCUGGUCUGGUCCUGGUCUGCAGUGCUCUGCGUCUGAUAACUGGAAGGACUCGCCGUCCUGAACGCGUCAUCACGCUGUGCUCCAGGAGGCGGAGCCUGAGAUCACGUGACUGCUGUAGUCCGGUCUCCAUGGAGACGCUUCGCGUGUCACGACUGCUUUGUCUCGUUUACCUUCUGAAAUAUUAAUAUUAGAAGUUAAUCCGUUUUUAAAUUGAUUUUAAUUCAUUUGAAGACUUCAGAGAAUUAAAGUUUCCACAGAAAAACAAAUGUGUGUAUAAAAAGGAGAAUAUGAAGUACUAAAGUAUUUAAUGAUGCAGUAUAAGUACACUAAUGUACCGGUGCGUUCAGGAACAUUGGAGUAUCCGCUGCUUGUUCCCAGAAUGCGUCAUGUUUCAGGCCACGCCCCUUCCUUCCAGUUCAAACCGCUGUUUAAGGAAGAGGAAGUUAGACUUUCACAAUAAGAGAGCACGAGCUGGUUCAAUUAAAGACACAGGAAGUGAAGCUGACUUCCUGUUUUACAUCCGGCCUCACCUGCAGUUUGUUUGUGUUUGUUUGUGUUUGAUUGUGUUUAUUUGUGAAGCUCUAGGAAAUAUUAAUGACAAUAACACAAAUAUUAAAUAAUCAAAGAAUUUG